AUGGUUCUUAAAAGCCAUCCCUUCCCCAGUCAAGAAAGGGGACCCGGGAAAGCGCCCGUGGCAGAAUCCAAAGACCAAGCCAGCUCCCACAACAGCACUUCAAUUCCUUCCACCAGAGGUGCAGCCCCCAGGCCCGAGAAUAAGCGCAGGUCUCCAGUGGAGCAGGCUACACAGGAGAUUCCAUGCCAGCCGAGAGGCGCCCAGCCAGCCAGGGCUCCCACUGUAGACAGAGUGCAGGGACCAGGUCAAGCCGGAGUCGAGGAGAAAAGCCAGGGAUCCCCACCCCGCGCCACUGAGCCCAGACCAGCGCCCCGGCGGCGCCGGAAACGCAGCCUGUGUGAGGCGGCCAAGAGCACAGGUGUGGGCCAGGCGGCUCUUAGGCCGCGUCAGGGAAGGUCUCUGAGGCAGGAGGCCCAGCCCACCGGUUGCGAGGGCGCUCUCACCGAGAAGCAGCAGGAGGCGCGCAAACUCAUGGUUUUUCUGCAGAGGCCAGGGGGCUGGGGCGUAGCUGAGGGGUACCCGAAGCCCAGCUCUCCGCCCCCGGAGCUACCCGCCACAGUGGCGACGCUGAGACAGCGGCUGGACCUGGGUAGCUGCCUGGAAGUGCUGGCCUUCGCUCAGCAGCACGGUGCACGUGGCCUGGUGCAGGACACCUAUGCGGUUAUGAGUGACAACCUGCUGCAUGUGCUAGGGGACCCGCACCUGUACCGGCAGCUGGGCGGGGCGGACCGAGAGCGCAUCCUGAGCCUGCGGACCGGCCGCGGCCAGGCUGUGCUCGGGGUCCUCAUGCUGCCCAGCCUCUAUCAGGUGAGCCGCCCGGGGCUCCCUGGAGCCCCGAAAAGCGAGGAGGCGCCCCAGUCUCGAGCGCACCUGCAUGUGUUCAAUCCUGGAGAGAAUGUGUGGCGGCCUCUGACUCGCGUGCCAGCGGAGGUACCCCUCCGAGGCUGUGGCCUCUGUAUCAUGCACAAUUACUUGUUCUUGGCGGGGGGCAUCCGCGGCUCUGGGGUCAAGGCUGUCUGCUCCAACCAGGUCUUCUGCUACAACCCCCUGACCGAUAUCUGGAGCCAGCUGCGGCCCAUGCAGCAGGCUCGAGCCCAGCUCAAGCUGGUGGCCCUGGACGGGCUGCUCUAUGCCAUCGGUGGGGAAUGCCUCUACAGCAUGGAGCGUUAUGACCCCCGCACUGACUCCUGGGCCACGCGCGCGCCCCUCCCUGUAGGCACCUUCCCUGUGGCGCAUGAGGCGGUGGCCUGCCGUGGCGACAUCUACGUCACUGGAGGCCACCUCUUCUACCGCUUGCUCAGGUACAGCCCUGCAAAGGACGCGUGGGACGAGUGUCCCUAUAGUGCUAGCCACCGGCGCUCCAGCGACAUGGUGGCGCUGGGCGGCUUCCUCUACCGCUUCGACGUGCUGCGGGGCGUGGGCGCCUCGGUGAUGCGCUACAACACGGUGACCGGCUCCUGGAGCCGCGCUGCGUCGCUGCCACUGCCUGACCCCGCGCCUCUGCGCUGUGCUGUGCUGGGCACCACCAUCUACUGCCUCAACCACCAGGUCACCGCCACCUUCGCAGUCUCCGACGCCACAGCGCAGUUCGAGGCCAGCGAGCUGCAGCCCUGUCCUGUGGGGAGUAAAGGUGUCCUCUGCCCGUUCGUCCUGACGCUGCCCCACACUGACCCACGGCAGACGGCCCUCUGA